UUACUCAUCUUGAAACUUUAAUCCACUCCUCUCUAGUUAUCUGGCCACGUUCGCGUAAUCAGCAUCUUCAUCUUCACCCACCAGCGCGUAAAGAGCAAACGAGGACGGCGCCAGCUCUCUCUGUCAUCUCGACACUGGACAGAGACCACUACUUAGAAAAGAACAGAGAAGAACACAAUGGCGGACGCAGCAGCCCGACCGGUCUCGCCGCGCGAGAUCUCUCUCCGCAUCACGACCCCCGCCGCGCUCCCCCACGCGCUGAGCUCGUCGCUCGAGCUCGUGCUGCCGUCGACGGCGACGAUCGAGCAGGUGAAGCGGAAGAUUGCGUCGAAUUUGCAGGACGCGCUGUUGUUUGCCACGGGCGAGCCGUGGACGUCGGGGGUGUAUACGCCCGAGAUCGAGAGCGUGAACGCGGAGUUGCUCGGGGAUGUGCGUGGGGAUCGGGUUAUGAGAAUUAUUUUCCAGGGACGGUUUAUGAAGGAUGAUUGGGUGCUGGGUGAAGUGGUCAGAGAGGACGACGCAGUCACUUUCCACAUGAUUCUCAAACCAUCAAUCGCAGACGAACUCAUCCGCGCCUACGAGCCCCGAGACCGACCUCACUCCUCCCUCGCCUCUCCCUCAUCUACAUCCCCCUCCCCGGACCACCACUCCACCCAAAUCCCCCCCACGACCGCAAGCACAGCUCCGCAAUUCACAUCCGCCACCGCAAAUCCCCAGGUCCUCUACGGCGCCACCACCGUCACCACGCAAACAAUACCCGCAAUCCCCUCCCCGCCGCCCCCGUUCGGCACAAACAUCGUCGUAUACCAAGACCCGCGCGCCGCGGUUCCGUUCAUCGACCCCUCCACCGCCGUCGCGGUCGUCACGCCGUCUGGCGCGCUCGCAAUGCUGCUCUCGCCGCAAGCUAUCGCCAAUUUCCUCGCGGCAGGAAUCGCGAUCGCGCCGGGACUCGUGGCGGAUAGAGUCCCGGGCGUGCUCUACGCCAACCCCGAGAUCAACGAGUUCUUCAGCUCCGGCGCGCCUGCUACCCCCGACGGCGGCGCGUCCAUCUUCGCCGCCCUCGUCAACUCCCAAUUCGACACCCGCACCCACCCCCUCCACCACCAUCCCACCACCACCGCCGCCGCCGCCGCCGCCGCAGCAGCAGCGACAAACACGCUCAACAACCCAAACAACACCUUCACAUUCCGCGACAUCCUCGCCCUCCUGCGCGCCUCGCUCACCGACCUUCGCAACAACGGCGCGCGUCUGCGCAACACGCUCGCGCUCGCAUGGCUCUUUCUCCGGCUCAUUUUCUUUGUCUACAUGUUUUCCGACGACAUGGGCGGGUCGAGGUUCUGGACGUUGACGGCGAUCGCGGUUACUGUGUUUGCGUGGCGGUUGCAGGCUUUGGCGGGGCUUUUGCAGCGGAACGUGUUUCAGCGACAACGGCAACCGCAGGCAGCAAAUCCCGCGGACAACCACAACCAAAACAACAACAACAACAACACCGAAAACGACAACAGCAACAACAACAACAACAACAACAACAACAACAACAACAACAACAACAACAACAACAACAACAACAACAACAACGACAACAACAACAACAGCACCAGCACAAACCGAUUCCAACACCUCAGAAACCUAAGAUCCGCACCCGGUUUCCUCGGCUCCCUCUACCGCAUCUUCCUCCGCCCAGACCCGACCCUCGACUCCGACGACUCCGACGACGCCGCCACACCCCCCCUUCCGCCCGCGCGAGGCGGUGUCCGCGGGUUCAUAAUCUCGUGCUUGUCGGAAGUCGAGCGCGCGGUGGUGAUUUUCAUCGGCACGCUCGUGCCGGCGGUGUAUGAUACGUGGCAUCGGCAUGAGGUGCAUUUAGAUGAGUUGCGGUUGCGCAGGAUCCGAGAGCGCGAGGAAAGGCUUGCUGCAAGGAAUGCUGCUGCUGCUGCUGCUGCUGAAGAAGAAGAAGAGAGAGCUCGUGGGGAGGAGGAGGAGGGGGGAGAGGAGGGAACAGAGAUGGUGACGACGGAAGAUGAUCUCGAAAUCAGGGAGCAGAUCACGCGCGAGGUGGCAGCUACCGACACGUCCCCUCUUAUACUUGAAUAGUUGCUCGAUCUACAAUAUAAUAUAACUAUCAGCUUUUCUACAAAGUAAACGUCUCGAGUCACUACGCUUUUGUGACGUAUAGAGUAAGAAGAGUAAUCGUUGAUUGACUUCUAUGCACAAAAUAAACUAG